AUGAAGCAGUUCAAGCUCUUCACCUUCGCGGCAGAAGAAGAGAAAUACCAUACCACCUUGUUUAGAAUGUCUUCUCACGAGUCCACCGGCGUUGUUGUUGUCCCAGAGGCCCCGCGCGAUACUGCUUCCUCUCCUGUGACUGAAAGGGCCCCGACGACGGCGCGUCCGUCGUUUAUCGAACCUCUUGAAGAAGAAGAUCUACACCACCAACUCUUAGAAAAAUCUCUCCAGCCUCGUAUCAUGGUAUCUCUUGUGCUCCUCCUCCUACUUAUAGGACAAUAUGCUGCGAUGGAACAUCCUGCUCAACUGCCCAACAGCCUUGUUUCGCCAGAGCCCCGCGAAGGUGUAGCUGACUAUCUGCCUGGGAAUUCCCCGUUGACAUCGCCCCCGAUCUACUCGAUCGAUAUGAUGCCAGGCGCAGAAUCCGCCAUCGACAUGCCAACCCCGCAUGAAGAAUCAAUCAUACGAUCAAACGAAGAUCCUUCCAGCAAGGUGCAGACCUCGCAGUCGGAGGAGACGCCAGCUCAGGGUUUCAAUAGAUUAUCAUGGGCCCAUCCGGACCCUUCAGGUAGCACAGCUGUAGCGUUCAUGUCCAGGUCAACGGGACCCAGUACCACAGGAGAUGUCCAAGUUCGGAUGCAAACUAGAAGUCGCGCACUACAGUUUGAAGGGCCAAGGCGGAGAGAUGCUCUUAUUGCCUCUGGCAGCGUGGGGUUCCUGGUAGUGCUUGCUUUUUUGCUCACAGUCACGUUUUACUGGAUUGCCCUACGUAAACAACACUGUCAAGCCGGGUGGAUUUUUGCGUUACACAACCUCAAUCACAUUGGAAGAAAGUACCCUAGAGGACCGCAGUUAGCCGUUGUCUGUCAUUAG